UAGUUUCCGCUCUCCUCGUUCCCUUUCUCUCUCUUCUUUCCCCCUUUCGAAGCUCACUUUCUCCCCUUCUGUCUCCUUUGGUCCCGAAUCGGCGGCGGUGUUAGCCGGAGAAAGGCGUCGGAAGUGAGAACAUGUCGGCAUCUGCGGCGGCGGAGAAGCGGAGGGUGGAGGUGUUUGACGGCGAGGAGGACCUGGCUGUGGCUCUGGCCAAGUACACCGCCGAUCUCUCCGCCAAAUUCUGCAAGGAGAGAGGCGCUUUCACCGUCGUUCUCUCCGGUGGCGCUCUCAUCGAUUGGCUGAGGAAACUGGCAGAACCUCCUUAUAUCGACUCGAUCGAUUGGUCAAAGUGGCACGUCUUCUGGGUCGAUGAGAGGGUCGUUCCCAAACACCACGUUGACAGCAACUACAAACUGGCCUAUGACGGCCUUCUCUGCAAGAUUCCAGUCCAGCCGGGCAACGUUUACGCCAUCAACGACGCCCUCAAUGCCGAGGGUGCAGCCGACGACUACGAAACCUGCCUCAAACAGUUGGUGAAGAACAACAUAAUCCUCACAUCCGAAUCAUCCGGCUUUCCCAAAUUCGAUCUGAUGCUUCUGGGCAUGGGUCCCGACGGUCACCUUGCUUCCCUAUUCCCGGGACAUCGUCUUUGCAGCGAGAAUCAGAAAUGGGUCACCUUUAUCACGGACUCUCCAAAGCUGCCCCCGGAGAGAAUCACAUUCACUUUUCCGGUGAUAAACUCGGCUGCGUACAAUGCCAUGGUGGUUUGCGGGUCGGCGGAAGCCGAGGCAGUGGCUAAGUCUCUGAAGAACACGGGGAACUUACCUGCCGGAUCGCUUACCGCAGAGGACGAGUUGGUUUGGUUUCUGGACAAAGCAGCAGCUUCCAAGCUCUGAAACAUGUCUGUUGGCUUUCUGGUUCUGUCUGAAAAAAAAAACACAAACAAAUUGAUUCCUCUGUUUGGAAUCGAAUAAUAAAACCGUACUUUUGUAAUAAAAUCGUACAUGGCAUGUGUAGAAUAUAGACUCUGAUUUUUUCUUUUA